AGCGUACUGCAUAAUAGGGCCCCACGAAAAAAUUAUUGUAACCAAUUUGUUUGAGAAAAAUAAAUUUAUAGCUUUCUGCAAUCCAUCUUAGCAAUUUGCUUCUCUCUCUUCGCUCUCUGUGUCUCGGUCUCUGUCUUUGUCUCUGUCUCUGUCUCUGAGGAAGACUUUCCGCUACCGAUCCGUAAUCGUACGGUCUCUCCAAGUCACUUUUUUCAGAUACAAUACAGCGAUGGAAGUUACCCAGGUGCUUCUGAAUGCUCAAGCUAUAGAUGGAACCGUUCGGAAGCAUGCUGAAGAAAGUUUGAAACAGUUUCAGGAGCAAGAUCUUCCAUUGUUCUUGUUAUCUCUUUCUAGAGAGCUAGCAAAUGAAGAGAGACCUGUUGAGAGCCGUAAAUUAGCAGGUCUUAUACUUAAGAACGCCCUGGAUGCUAAAGAACAACAUAGAAAGUUGGAUCUUGUUCAGAGAUGGCUGGCACUGGAAACUUCUGUGAAAACCCAGAUUAAGAUGUGCUCGUUACAGACCCUCUCUUCCCCUGUAUCAGAUGCCCGUUCAACUACCUCUCAAGUUAUUGCAAAGGUUGCAGGAAUUGAGCUCCCCCAGAAACAAUGGCCAGAACUGAUUGGAUCAUUGUUGUCAAAUAUUCACCAGUUACCAGCUCAUGUAAAGCAAGCCACUUUAGAGACUCUUGGGUAUUUGUGUGAGGAAGUCUCUCCUGAUGUCAUGGAUCAAGAUCAAGUAAAUAAAAUACUGACAGCUGUAGUUCAGGGUAUGAACGCAUCUGAAGGGAACAAUGAUGUUAGACUUGCUGCCACCCGAGCACUGUACAAUGCUUUGGGUUUUGCUCAGGCCAAUUUUAGCAAUGAUAUGGAACGUGAUUAUAUAAUGAGAGUUGUGUGUGAGGCAACUUUGUCAUCUGAAGUGAAGAUACGACAGGCAGCUUUUGAGUGUUUAGUCUCCAUUUCUUCAACUUAUUACGAGAAAUUAGCCCCUUACAUGCAAGACAUCUUUACCAUCACAGCAAAAGCUGUUAGGGAAGACCAGGAACCUGUUGCCCUUCAAGCCAUUGAGUUCUGGAGUUCGAUUUGUGAUGAGGAGAUAGAUAUAUUGGAAGAUUAUGUGGGUGAUUUUAGUGGGGACUCUGAUAUCCCUUGCUUUUACUUUAUCAAGCAGGCACUCCCUGCCCUUGUCCCGAUGCUUUUGGAGACCCUUCUUAAGCAGGAAGAGGACCAGGAACAGGAAGAUGGCGCUUGGAAUAUUGCUAUGGCUGGGGGCACAUGCCUUGGGUUGGUUGCUCGGACAGUGGGAGAUGAUAUUGUUCCUCUUGUUAUGCCAUUCAUCGAAGAGAACAUAACAAAACCAGAUUGGAGGCAAAGGGAAGCAGCUACGUAUGCCUUUGGUUCCAUCUUGGAGGGUCCUUCAGCUAACAAGUUAACACCUAUUGUUAAUGUUGCUUUGACGUUCAUGCUCAGUGCUUUAACAAAGGACCCGAACAACCAUGUGAAGGACACUACUGCCUGGACACUGGGAAGGAUUUUCGAGUUCCUUCAUGGUUCAACUAUGGAUACGCCCAUAAUUACCCCAGCAAACUGCCAACAGAUCAUCACAGUUCUUCUUCAGAGCAUGAAGGAUGUUCCAAAUGUUGCUGAGAAGGCCUGUGGUGCUCUCUAUUUUCUGGCCCAGGGUUAUGAGGAUUUUGGCCCAUCAUCUCCCUUAGCUCCUUUUUUCCAGGAAAUUGUACAGGCUCUACUCACUGUUACUCACAGAGCAGAUGCUGGGGAAUCACGAUUGAGGACUGCUGCAUAUGAAGCGUUGAAUGAAGUUGUAAGGUGUUCGUCUGAAGAGACUGCCCCCAUGGUGUUGCAACUUGUUCCUGUUAUCAUGAUUGAACUGCACAAGACUCUUGAGGGCCAGAAGGUUGCUUCUGAUGAGAUAGAGAGGCAGAGUGAAUUGCAAGGACUUCUUUGUGGGUGCUUACAGGUCAUUAUUCAGAAACUAGGCUCAUCAGAGCCAACUAAAUAUGUUUUUAUGCAGUAUGCGGAUCAGAUAAUGGGACUUUUCUUGAGGGUAUUUGCCUGUAGAAGUGCUACUGUCCAUGAAGAGGCCAUGCUUGCCAUUGGGGCCCUUGCAUACACAACUGGCCCAGACUUUGCAAAAUACAUGCCAGAGUUUUACAAGUAUCUGGAAAUGGGGCUUCAAAAUUUUGAGGAGUACCAAAUCUGUGCUGUCACAGUUGGUGUGGUAGGGGAUAUUUGUAGGGCAAUUGAAGAUAAGGUUCUGCCUUAUUGUGAUGGAAUUAUGACCCAGCUUCUCAAGGAUCUAUCAAGCAACCAGUUGCACCGCUCUGUAAAGCCUCCUAUAUUCUCCUGCUUCGGUGAUAUAGCUCUUGCAAUAGGAGAUAACUUUGAGAAGUACUUGAUGUAUGCCAUGCCAAUGAUCCAGAGUGCUGCAGAGAUGUCUGUCCACACAGCAGGUGCUGACGAUGAAAUGACAGAGUACACCAAUUCUCUGAGAAAUGGAAUAUUGGAGGCAUACUCUGGGAUUUUCCAAGGUUUCAAGAACUCCCCAAAAACCCAGCUCCUGAUAUCUUAUGCUCCUCACAUCCUGCAGUUCUUGGAUAGCAUAUACAUGGGGAAAGACAUGGAUGAAGUGGUGAUGAAAACAGCCAUUGGUGUCCUUGGAGAUCUAGCAGAUACACUGGGAAGCAAUGCAGGUUCUUUGAUACAGCAAUCUCAGUCAUGCAGAGACUUUUUAAAUGAAUGUUUGUCUUCAGAAGACAAUUUGAUAAAAGAAUCUGCAGAAUGGGCCAAGUCGGCCAUCAGUCGUGCCAUUUCUGUUUGAGGCUACUGCCACUUGGUAUAUUCCAUUUGUUUGGAAGUCCCUGCAUGCAUUUGGGUGUGUUGAGUUGGGUCAUAGGAUUGCAUGUGUCAAGUCAUCGCCAUUUUCAGACAACAGAAGCUGUCAAUAGUCUUCAAGUUGUCACUAACUUGCAUCAUCUCCAAAAGUUGUGACUAACAAUUGCAUCAGCCCCUCAGGCUUUGGUUCCUGGAUUUUUCAAGGAGAUGAAGAGUUGGGGGUAGUGAAUGUCACAGAAGCGGGUCAAGGCCUGCAAUAAAAAUUAACAAAAUUCUGUGUGUCACAGAAUAUGUGGGGCAUCGGAGGAAGGUCAGUGACAUUCAUGAGUGUCAGUUUUCUGAGUCACCAAGGUUAAUUGCUGUUUGAAAGCUAAACAAAGUCUUAUUAACCUUUUCCACCACCCUGUGGUGAUUUCCUCCAAAAGAGAUUGGGGUCAGAAUGGAUGAGUAAUGCCUAAUGUUGUCGGGGUACUGAUGUCUUAUCACUACCCUCAUUAGCAUAUUCCUGAAAAAUCCUCCGUUGCAGGUCUUCAUUCCUUGAAUUCAGUCAGCUCCUCCUUUUGUUUCGUGUUUGCAUAUUCGCCAUCUUUUUGCUUGUCCUAGUCAGUGCGUAUUCCUGAGCAUCUCGGUAUCAAGUCUCUACUGUUUUCAGUUCUCUCAAGAGUUGAGCAUUAGCAUGAACUAUUUUGGAAACGCAGAUCUUACAUUUGCAUUAGCCAGUUUUCAUUUUUCAUCUUUGUUAGGAGGUUGUGUUAGCUCAUAUUGUCCAAUACCAUGCAUUCAUGAAAUCAUUUGUUAUGUCGCUUUUUGAAAGACAGGUUUUUCUUUUUUGCUUGGGAAACAUGUAAUCAUAUGUUUUUGUUUUCUCUUUUGGGAAGUUGUUUAUCAUUAAACAUCACAAAUUGUGAUGGCAUAGCGAGGAAUGGAGCAUGAUAUUAUUUGUUGGAAGAGGCCUUGUAUUUGUUUAUUUGCCUGCCUCAUGUGUUGUUUCUUUAAAGUGAUAUUCCAAAGUUAAUGCAUAGCAAAUACGUUGCUUGAAUAAUCA